UAGUUCUGAACUAAUGCACUUCUGCUGGUGCAUUUUUACACUUAUUGCUUGCUAAUGGGUUGGACCUGCAAAGGCAGACUGUUAUGAGCUAAAACUGGAUUUGCUUUACCUUUUUUUGCACUUGUUUGUUCUGUGAGACUGAUAUUUUGAGUUUCAACAUUUAUUACAUAUUAUUUUAAAGGGCACGAUUCAUUACUUUGACCAUUAGAACAUAAGCCCUGUAAAAUGUGAUCAUGCAAUCAUUGGAUGUAAACUGAUGAGACAGAAUGUUGCAGGAUGGAUUGGCUCAAGGACUAAUAUAGCCAACUUAUGACAAUGUAAUAAUUCAUGAAGAUAUUGUUCCUUAUGUUCAUGGAGUUUGUUUUGUUAGGAUUUUAUGCUUUCAUUUUCUGUUUCCUUAACAAAACCUCAGGCACCUUGAAGACAGCUUGGAUGAUUGGUUUGAUGAACAGCUAGAGAACUACUUAGAUGAUGAUUAUCUUGUGUUUGAUUGCCCUGAUUGAACUCUUCACACAUGUUCCAGUUCUGCGGAACUUUGUCGAGCACCUGAAACGGAAAAUUUUCAACGUUUGCGCUGUUUACCUUCUUGAUUCACGGUUUGUCAGCGAUGUAACAAAAUACAUUAGUGGUUGCAUGGCUUCUCUAUCUGCUAUGAUUCAGCUUGAACUUCCUCAUAUCAACAUCCUUUCAAAGAUGGAUCUGAUCUCCAACAAAAAAGAUGUAGAAGAGUACCUGGACCCAAAUGCACAGGUUCUUCUUUCACAGCUGAAUCGGCAGAUGGCACCUUGGUUUGGCAAGUUGAACAAGUGUUUAGCUGAACUGGUUGAUGAUUACAGCAUGGUUAAUUUCAUUCCACUUGAUUUGAGAAAGGAAAGCAUCAUACAAUAUGUGCUAUCUUCUAUCGGCACCUGUAUCCAAUAUGGGGAAGAUGCAGAUGUGAAGGUCAGGGACUUCGAAGAAGACGAAGACUAACCACUAGAUGCUAUAGGAGGUGCAAACUGGUUGCUAGCAGUAGUGUAGUGCGGAGUGACACUUUGGGACUGUGUAUGGCGCAGGCAUGCAAAAACAUCGUAGGAUGCUCAUGACAGCUAUCUGGUCUAUGUAAGACGAACUAAAGCAGAUAUUUGGCAAGUCCUAGUAAAACGUGUGUGCGCCUUGAUGGUCCUGUUCUCCCUCA